ACUGAAUCCAUCUGUACUUUAUGUAGUGUGAAAGGGCAAAGAUGAACAUGAAUUCUAGGUUGUGACAACUAAUAAGGGCUUGACAAAAUUUCUCUAGGAAAAGAGCAAGGUAAUGGUUAACCUGAAAGAUAGAUGAAAUGUAAAUCAUGCAAUCAAUUGCUUGCUUAUUUCUUAAGCAAAUGAUUGUGGGAUUUAAUUCAUAUGAAGCAAAUCUAAAUGAAAGGUGUUUGUUCGUGGGAAAUAACUUUUUUUUGAUGAAAGCUUGUUAUAUUUUAUUAAAAAGAAAAAUAAUACAGUGAAAUUGGAUAUGGAUGAUAGUGAUAUAAGGUUGAAAUAUAAAAGAAAUAAGGAGUUAAAUGUGGUCAAAGAAAAAGAGAAAGAACAUGAGGAUGGGAAAGAAAAUAGAGUAGAAGCGGUCUCCUAAAAAGAAGGCAAGGAUGGCAGUGAAUGACGGCCAUCUUCAUAGUUUGUUAUAUUUAUUUACGUUUUGGGGUGAAAAGGCUCUCUCAUAUAUGCAAUUCGUGAAACUCACUUUGCUUCGAUUCGAAGAAACAGUUUGAUCAUCCUGUCUUCACUCUGUGUCAAUCAAAAUCGUAUCAGAAAAAUGUCGUGGCAGACUUACGUUGAUGAGCAUUUGAUGUGCGACAUCGAUGGCCAAGGCCAGCACCUCGCCGCCGCCGCCAUCAUCGGCCUCGACGGCUCCGUCUGGGCUCAGAGCUCUUCUUUCCCUCAGUUUAAGCCCCACGAGAUCGAAGAUGUGAAGAAAGAUUUUGAGGAACCAGGCUAUCUUGCUCCCAAAGGCUUGCACAUUGGGGGUACCAAAUACAUGGUAAUCCAGGGAGAGCCUGGAGCUGUCAUCCGUGGGAAGAAGGGAUCUGGAGGCAUCACCAUAAAGAAAACUGGACAAGCUCUAGUUUUUGGGGUGUAUGAGGAACCUGUGACACCUGGACAGUGCAACAUGGUUGUGGAGAGGCUGGGAGAUUAUCUCGUUGAUCAGGGUCUUUAGAUCUCCACCUCUCUCAUGAUCCUUUCUAAGUUUUGAACAUUCCUUUUUUUUUUUCUUUUUUUUGUUGCCCAUAUUUUGGGAUUAUUUCUUUUCCUCCCAGCUUUGGCUCUGCUUCUCCUCCACCAUUUCAACCCUUAAAUUGAGAGUUAUUACCAUGCAGACAAUAACCCAUAUGAGAAUUUAAUCAUUUUUUUUUUUGGUUUCCAUUUGAAUGUUUAAAUUACAUUAUGGUGAUUUAGUCAUCAAUUAUUGUGCAUUCUCUCAGUGCUUUAAUGUUA